CGUUCGAAGCCACAGCAUCAAUUUCUGCCAAUGAGGUGAACUAGUCAGCCGCUUCUCACCACAUCAUCGAGGAUCGGGGAUACUUACACAAGGCCAUUGGAGAGACCGUUCAAUCUAUUUCCCGGAGCGUGCAAUUAUCCCUUCGUUUCUCACUUCCGGACCGUAUAUACCAUGGCUCUCCCAGGACUGUCUCUCCCAGGCUUGAAUCUCCCACAGACAUCCUCCACCCCCUUGGCCGAUUCAAAAAACACCAUACAAGCAUCAAGAUUAGAGGACCUACCAUCGCGGACAGAAUGGCGAUUCGAGGUAGCGUUCUCUCAACACUACAGCAUCAAGCUGGAGUCCGGCCAUGCGGAAAUGUUUGGUGUUGAGCUCGCCCUCAAACAAGUCUACACGUUCUCCGGAUUCAAGGGCGCAAUCUUCACAUGGCAAGGCUGUCAGCUCGAGGUGACGGGAAAUGCAGAGAGUGAAUACAUUGGACAAGAAACCGACUACGCAGUGGAGUGGCUCAAUGUGCACGGCAUGCUUGAUACGCUUCGAUCACAGAACCCAACAGAUGGCCCAAGAGUGCUUGUGGUCGGCCCUGACUUUGUUGGCAAGACCAGUCUGGUGCGAACUCUUGCAGCGUGGGAGGCACGCAGCGGAUACACGCCCACAGUGCUGAAUCUUGAUCCUCGAGAAGGCAUUCUGGCACCUCCGAGUAGUCUGACAGCGGUCACUGUUGAUUCGCAGUUGGAAGUAGAUAGUGGAUAUGGCAUUCCGUCUUCGUCGGGCCCCACACUUUCACCUGUGAGAACGCCGCUGAUCUAUCACUUUCCCUACGCUUCUCCACUCGAAAAGCCUGAAGUCUACAAAGCAGUAGUCACUCGGAUGGCGCUCAGUGUGAUGAACAAGUUGGAGGAAAAUCAGGCGACAAAACGGGGUGGCAUCAUUGUCGACACACCGGGCACACUGAAUGAUCCACGGAGCAACUACGACCUCAUUGCCCAUCUUGUCUCUGAGCUCAGCAUCACCAUCAUUCUGACGCUGGGCUCAGAACGACUAUCAAGCGACAUGACCAGACGCUUCGGCGGGAACAAAUCUCCAGAUGAGCUCGUCACCGUCCUUCGGGUGGCCAAACCAGGCGGAGCAGUCGAGCGAGACCACGACUUCAUGAAGCAGCUCAACCGCGAACAAACACGCCAAUACUUCUUCGGGCCUGGCAACACGCUGAAUCCACACUCGCACUCUGCAUCUUUCGCUGACCUCGACCUCUUCCGCGCCAAGUCUGCUUCAGUAGCAGCGUCUGAGGACCAUGGAUUCGCGCCAGGAGAUGAGAACGAUGAUGACUUUGAUGUUCCUUAUGCGAGCAAGCCAAGCGGAGGUCAGUAUGCAACGUUCGAGAAGACGACACCGACGGCAGCCAUGACGGGGAGUUUGGUCGCGAUCAAGUUCUGCCCUGGUAGUAGUGAGGAGCACGUGGUCAGGGACAGUGCGGUCAUGGGAUUUCUGUAUGUCGCAGAUGUUGAUGAAGUGCGGAAAAAGGUCCGAUUUCUGGCGCCGCAUCCUCAGAGAUGGGGUGAUCGGGCGCUCGUUUGGGGACAUGGAUGGCCGGAAGCUGUGGCGGAUUUGGUGGCUUGA